GUUCUGUGACUUUUGUGUGAAGAUUGGGCAUGAAGUCAGUGAUGAGAAACCAUUCGACCAUAACAACGUUCAUCAUACUGGGUUUGACAGAUGACCCACAACUGGAGAUUCUGGUUUUUGCCUUUUUGUUGAUCACAUAUGUAUUCAGUGUGAUUGGGAAUCUGACCAUAAUUUCUCUAGUCUUGGUGGAUUCUCAUUUAAAAACAGCGAUGUAUUUUUUCCUUCAAAAUUUCUCUUUCUUAGAAAUCUCAUUCACAACCGCCUGUGUGCCCACCUAUCUGCACAUCAUAUCCAGUGGGGACAAAACCAUCACCAUCAGUGCCUGCUUCAGCCAAAUCUUUUUUAUCGUCCUCUUUGCAGCUACAGAAUUUUUCCUCUUGGCAGUGAUGUCCUAUGACCGCUACGUGGCCAUCUGCAAACCCCUGCAUUACAUGAGCAUCAUGAACAGCAGAGUGUGCAGGAAUCUCAUCCUCUGUUGUUGGGUAUCUGGCUUAUUGAUUAUCCUUCCACCCCUUGGCCUGAGCCUCCGUCUGGAAUUCUGUGGCUCUGUUAUUGACCAUUUUUUCUGUGACACUGCUCCAAUUCUGAAGAAUUCCUGUUCAGAUACUUGGUUCAUUGAGCAGGUGAUUUUAUUCUGUGCUGUGCUGUCCUUCAUAGUGACCCUUGUGUGUGUCGUUCUGUCCUACAUAUACAUCAUCAGGACGGUCCUAAGAUUCCCGUCUGCCCAUCAAAGGAAGAAAGCCUUUCUCACCUGUUCUUCCCACAUGAUUGUGGUUUCCAUGACCUAUGGCAGCUGCAUCUUUAUGUAUAUCAAACCUUCAGCCAAGGAUGAAGUGGCCAUUAAUAAGGGAGUAUCUCUGCUCCCUACAUCUGUUGCCCCUUUGUUGAACCCCUUCAUUUAUACUCUGAGAAAUAAACAAGUAAAGCAGUCCUUUUAUGACACCUUUAAAAGACUUGCCAAUCUUUCAAAGAAAUUUUGAUUGAAAUAUAUUUCGAUCUUCAUAUUGGGAAUUCAAAUUAAAACAUAAGCAUCAACGUAUGGAUGGAAACUGAGGCACUGGGGUUGUGCAAUCCCCUAAUGUUGAGGAGCAGUAGAGAGUUGAGAAGCAAGUCAGAACCUUGAUAGUCCUGGCAUCAUGCAGGUGGACAGUUCUCUACUUUUCUGAAACUUCUGUCUUCCCGAUCUACAUUUCAAUGCAUUCAUUUUACUUUUCUCAAAUAUACAUUAGUCAUUAGUCUUCUGUAUUGAAUCUAUUCUUUCCAUGUUGUGCUUUCCCCUCUUUGUAAUACAACCUUUUUCUAAAUACUUUCCAUUUUCAACAGGAUAAAAAACAUGGAUUCUUAGGAACUGUAAGUUCUCUUCAUCUUCAGGUGAAGAUGCCUCAUUAAUCCUGCCUCAUGAUAAAUAGCUGGUUUUUCAAAAAUUAUAAUAAAUAAUAUUCCUUGCCUCUGCUAAUCUGAACUUAUUAAACCAUAUGCCCCCAAUAUAACAUAAAUACAAACAUAGCCAAAUAGUCUUUAAAGAUAUUUGGCAUACUUCCUUUUCUGAGCACAGGCAAAAUGAUGCUGUGCUU